AGGCCGCGGCUUGUCUGAGCGCUGCAGUGGACCGUUCGGCUGCCCGACACCUCGGCCGCGCGGCUGCCAGGCCCGGAGGCGGCGGGGACCCGAGCGGGCACCACGAACGGCAGCGCGCCGCCUCCCCCGCAGUGGGAGCGGUGGUUGGGCCCGGCUGCGGCAGACCGUUCGCUCGGAGAUGGCGGAGCCGUCGCGACGCGGCCCGAGGCGCCGAGAGCUGGGAAGCCGGGCAGCCCCGCGACGCGGCGGAGCCCGGGGACAGCGGGGACGCCGCCCAGUCCGCCGGGUGAGCUGCCCUUGAGAAGAACCCCGCCAUUCACUGUGGCCCCCACCCACGGUCGCCCGUAGUCCCUCCCCUCACAGACUUCCCCUCAGCGUUGCCACCAUAACCACCCGCAGGGGCGUCCGGGGCGGCCCCUCAGUGCGGCCCAGGUGCCGUCGCUCUGUGUCCCCCCUACUAGCCUCCCUCGUGGUAGCCUCAUUCCCCUCCGCUCGCCUGCUCAGCAGGGGGCUCCUCUUCCCCUCGGGGUUCUCCCAGCCCAAAGCCUGCCUCGAUGUCACCCAAACUCUCAGCGCGCCCCUCGCCCCUUCGCCUUUAAUGCUUCACGUCCGGCUCGCUCUUCAUGUCCACCCGUGACCCCAUCCAUAUUCCCCCUUAGCUGGGUCCCUCCAACCGUCACCCCCGGUGUGCCAGCCCCCCACUGACCGUGUCGCUACUCGGUACCCCCCUCUUCCCACAGCAUCUGCGCUGCUUGUCUCUUAGCGCGGGGCCCACACCCCCACCUUCCCCAGUGCAUAUCACUAUUGCUCUCUCCCAGCCCGGGCCUGGAUGACCCCUUGGGGUUUCUCCCUCAGAAACCCCUGGCUGCUGCACUCAUAUUGCACCCCCCUCACCCCGUGUUCCUACUUCGGUAUUUAUCAUCCCAACCCACACCCUACCCCAAUAGCUCCCUCAGGACCCCUGCCCUAAAUAUUGCUGCUGCUUCUAGGUAGGAAGCUAAACUGCAGUGGUUAAGAGCAGGGCUAUGGAGCUUGACAGGCCUGACUUGGAAUCCCAGUUCCUCCACUGACUGAGCUGUGUGAUCCUGGGCAAGUUACUAAGCUUCUCUGGACCUCAAAUUACUCAUAUGUAAAAUGAGGAUAAUAAUAGUAUCUACCUCUCACCUACCUCUAGGGCUGGUGUGAGUAUUAAAUGUAUGGAAAGCUCUUAGAAGAAUGUGUGGCAGAGAGUAAGCUCUCAGUAAAUGUUAACUAUUCUUAACAUUAUGGGUGAUACAUCCUGAGUAUCGGCUUCCCCUCAGUGACUUUUUCUCACUAGUGUUUUCCCUUGAGUUUCCUCUAAUUCUUAGGAUUUACUCCUUCCCAUCACCAUUUUGAUCCAGUCCCACCUCUCUUUUCAUGUCAGUUAGCUUUACCCAGGUCAAAGCUGAACUAUUCUUAAACCAUCUCUCAAUUCUGAAGGACCCUGCUUCUGCCUAAAUCACUCCUGAGGUGUGUAUGUCAGGGAGUUGGGUGGUAGAGAGGGAUUUCGAGCCACUGGCCUUACUAGGAGGGGCUAAGGUGGGGAGAGCGACAAUAAAGCUUCUAGAAGCAGUUUAUCUACUUAAGGAAAAAAGUCUCCAAAAUUAAGUCUCCUCAAAACUGUUUUCUGAUCUCACUGUCCUUACUCCUCCUGUCUCUAUUAUUGAUUGGCUACGACUUAAGCUCCUGUUGCUUUCUGUCAUCCAGCGCCACUCAGUUGGCUCUGUUUUUAUAGCAGGACUCAAUUCCUUAUGUCUUUCCAAGCUAGCUCAGGUUUCUUCUGAGCUGUUCAGGGAUGAGGCUAAGUUAGGAAGGAGAACAGGAAUGGAUAGGGAGAGAGACUCUGAACUCAGCUCUCUGGCUUUUCUCAGGUCCCAGUGAUGUGGCCUGCUCUAGGGCUACAUUUUUAUCACCUCUCCUGACACUGGCACAGGAGAGGUGAAGGGCAAGGGAUGGGUCAUUUUUCACAAGCAAUGGAAAAGAGAGUCUCCAGGCUCUGGGUUUGGAAGCUAAUAGAAUGAUUAGCUAGCACCAUUUCUCUUUCCUCUUGAAUUUCCCCACUACAUUGUCCACCUGACUGCAAGUUCGUUAGUGCUGUUAGCCUGUGGUGUUGGGUUUGAUUGAUGAGGAAGAUUAACAGACUCGAGUUUCCUCUUAUCUGAUAUUUUGUUGGAGCACGGGACUUCUGGGGCUUUCCGUCCGUUCCUCACAGGACGAGCAAGCUCCUGCUGGCUGGCGAACUACUCAGUCACUGGCUGGGAACUCCUUUCAAAGCAGGUUCAUUUUCAGCCUCCUGGGCCAUUUGGCCUCUUAUUGAUGGGAGAUUUGUUCCUUUCCAGUCUUUGAAUAUACUGCUCCAGCUCUGAGCUUAGCUCAGGAAGGAGAAUUUAGACAGUAUUCUAAGAAACGGAACAAACUGUGAAGCCAAGGUAUGAGACUCAGAUUGUGUUGUUCUUCUACAGGAGCUUUUUUUUGGAGAACAGAUCAUCCUGUGAGCAGGAGAUAGUGAGGGCAAAGAUUGUGAACUUUUCUGACCUCUGAUGUGAGGAGCUCGCCAGGACUGAAGGUGGAGACUGGCUAGAUUUGCAUCUUGAAGCCAUGGGCCAGUGGGCCAUGGUGACCUGAGACCAACGGGCUCUGUCCAAUUGCCCCCUAUUGCCCUGUCUACCUCCCCUACUCUAUACUAAGGGGACUUGUCUCCACCUCUUCAGGGAACUGACCUUGCAGUAAUCCCUUUCCCCUAUUUUCCUAUCCUUCCACUCUCCCAAGAGAGCCCCAGCCUAUAGAACCCCUACCUCCCAUCCCCUGAGGUGGUCCCCAUCCCUGCCUCCCCUCCCCCGCCAUGCUUAAGCUGUGGAGGGUGGUACGCCCGGCUCGGCAGCUGGAACUGCACCGCCUCAUACUGCUACUGAUCGCUUUCAGUCUGGGCUCCAUGGGCUUCCUGGCUUACUAUGUAUCCACCAGCCCCAAGGCCAAGGAACCCUUGCCCCUGCCAUUGGGAGACUGCAGUAGUGGUGGAGCAGCUGGCCCUGGCCCUGUACGGCCUCCAGUCCCACCCCGGCCCCCCAGGCCUCCAGAGACAGCUCCAACGGAACCCGUGGUCCUUGUGUUUGUGGAAAGUGCAUACUCACAGCUGGGGCAGGAAAUUGUGGCCAUCUUGGAGUCUAGUCGUUUUCGUUAUAGCACUGAGCUGGCACCUGGCCGAGGGGACAUGCCCACACUUACUGAUCAUACUCGUGGCCGCUAUGUCUUGGUCAUUUAUGAGAACCUGCUCAAGUAUGUCAACCUGGAUGCCUGGAGUCGGGAACUUCUAGACCGGUACUGUGUGGAGUAUGGUGUGGGCAUCAUUGGCUUUUUCCGAGCCCAUGAGCAUAGCCUACUGAGUGCCCAGCUCAAGGGCUUUCCCCUUUUUCUACACUCAAACUUGGGGCUCCGGGACUACCAAGUGAAUCCUUCUGCUCCCCUACUGCAUCUCACACGCCCCAGCCGCCUGGAGCCUGGGCCACUGCCUGGUGAUGACUGGACCAUUUUCCAAUCUAAUCAUAGCACAUAUGAACCAGUGCUUCUUGCCAGCCUUCGGCCAGCUGAGGCCCCUGUACCAGGACCGGUGCCUCGCCGGGCCCGCCUUCCCACUGUGGUACAGGACCUGGGGCUUCAUGAUGGCAUCCAGCGAGUGCUCUUUGGCCACGGCCUCUCCUUCUGGCUUCACAAACUCGUUUUCGUCGAUGCCGUUGCGUACCUCACUGGCAAGCGCCUCUGCCUGGACCUUGACCGCUACAUCUUGGUAGACAUCGAUGACAUCUUUGUGGGCAAGGAAGGUACCCGCAUGAAGGUGGCUGAUGUUGAGGCUCUGUUGACCACCCAGAACAAACUCAGGACCUUAGUCCCCAACUUCACCUUCAACUUGGGCUUCUCGGGCAAGUUCUAUCAUACUGGGACAGAGGAGGAGGAUGCAGGGGACGACAUGCUGCUGAAGCACCGCAAAGAGUUCUGGUGGUUUCCCCACAUGUGGAGCCACAUGCAGCCACACCUGUUCCACAAUCGCUCCGUGCUGGCUGACCAGAUGAGGCUCAACAAACAGUUUGCUCUGGAGCAUGGGAUUCCCACGGAUCUGGGGUAUGCUGUGGCCCCCCACCACUCGGGCGUGUACCCCAUCCACACGCAGCUCUAUGAGGCCUGGAAAUCUGUGUGGGGCAUCCAGGUGACCAGCACUGAGGAGUAUCCCCAUCUCCGCCCUGCCCGCUACCGCCGUGGCUUCAUUCACAAUGGCAUUAUGGUGCUGCCACGGCAGACAUGUGGCCUCUUCACUCACACAAUCUUCUAUAAUGAGUAUCCCGGAGGCUCUCGUGAACUAGAUCGGAGCAUCCAAGGUGGAGAGCUCUUUCUGACUGUGCUGCUUAAUCCGAUUAGCAUCUUUAUGACCCAUCUGUCUAAUUAUGGAAAUGAUCGGCUGGGCCUGUACACCUUUGAGAGCCUGGUGCGCUUCCUCCAGUGCUGGACCCGGCUGCGUCUACAGACCCUUCCUCCAGUCCCUCUCGCACAAAAGUACUUUGACCUCUUCCCUCAAGAGCGAAGCCCUCUUUGGCAGAAUCCCUGUGAUGACAAGAGACACAAAGAUAUAUGGUCCAAGGAGAAAACCUGUGAUCGGCUCCCCAAGUUCCUCAUUGUGGGACCCCAGAAGACAGGGACCACAGCUAUUCACUUCUUCCUGAGCCUGCACCCAGCUGUGACUAGCAGCUUCCCUAGCCCCAGCACCUUUGAGGAGAUUCAGUUCUUCAGCGGCCCUAAUUACCACAAGGGCAUUGACUGGUACAUGGACUUCUUCCCUGUCCCUUCCAAUGCCAGCACUGACUUCCUAUUUGAAAAAAGUGCCACCUACUUUGAUUCAGAGGUUGUACCACGGCGGGGGGCUGCCCUCCUGCCACGAGCCAAAAUCAUCACUGUGCUCACCAACCCUGCUGACAGGGCCUACUCCUGGUACCAGGUGAUUUCAGCCUCCUCCCAGGCCCCUCUGGCACUUCGCUCCCUGCAGAACCGCUGUCUUGUCCCUGGCUACUAUUCCACCCAUCUGCAACGCUGGCUGACUUACUACCCUUCUGGACAGUUGCUGAUUGUGGAUGGGCAAGAGCUGCGUACCAACCCAGCUGCCUCAAUGGAGAAUAUCCAGAAGUUCCUGGGUAUCACACCCUUUCUGAACUACACACGGACCCUCAGGUUUGAUGAAGAUAAAGGAUUCUGGUGCCAGGGACUUGAAGGUGGUAAGACUCGCUGUCUAGGCAAGAGCAAAGGCCGGAGGUACCCAGAUAUGGACGCUGAGUCCCGCAUUUUCCUUACGGAUUUUUUCCGGAACCACAAUUUGGAGCUGUCGAAGCUGCUGAGCCGGCUUGGACAGCCAGUGCCCUCAUGGCUUCGGGAAGAACUGCAGCAUUCCAGUCGGGGCUGAUGUUCCAG